AUGCUCGUCGCCUUCUCCGUUCUUGCCAUAUCGCUCUCCUUUCUAGCAUACCAUCGCCCACCUUCAACAUGGCUCGCCUUAUUCAUGCGUGCUGCCAGUCCGCCGUCGCCCACCAUGCCCGAGCCCGGUCGGAAACUGGGCGACGACCUCCCCGCCCCCGCUGAACAGCAGCGCAUUGAACCGCUAGAUCAGACCACGAGUCACACCGAAACCGACGAGCCUCCAAGAAGCCCUUCGCCACAGACUACGCCCAAGGCUGCUCCUCGGACAGAGAAUGAUGCGCCUGCAGUUCCGACCUUCACACUCAACGAGCAUGACCGCUCCGACGACGAAGACACUGAGGAAGACAGUCUCCCACCGCCCUCCUUCCCAGCCAUGAACUCUGCACAACGAGCCUCAGGCCCUUCUACCAUACCCUCCUCGCUGUCCAUGCCACCACCCAGCAAGCCAAACCUCAUGGCCCCGCCUGCCAGACCCGCAUCCUCGCUCAUGCCGCCCCCACGGGUCGCGCCCUCCAACCUGCGCGCCCUCCCCACUGCGAACCAGUCGAUGCGAGUACCCACCACGGGCCCUCUUCCGAACCGCGGCCCACCCGUCUCCAACAGUGGCAGUGGCACCUUGGGCCUACCCUCUGCAGGCCCCGUCGUCAAGACACCCAAUGCCCGAGGCAAGGUCCAGCUGACACCUGGCCACUCGCCGCUCGACUGGGCCAGUCUGCAACGCUCCGGCCAGAACCUCUCGGGCGUCAACUCGAUGAUACGCGUAUCGCCCGCCAUGCUCAAGGAGAAGAAUGGGCGCAAAGGAAAGCCAGCUUGGUCGAGCUAUCAAGGCAAAGUAUACAACAUCUCGCCCUACCUCCCUUUUCACCCCGGUGGCGAGGGCGAGCUGAGAAGAGCGGCUGGCAAGGAUGGCACCAAGUUAUUCAUGGAGGUGCACCCGUGGGUGAAUUGGGAGAAUAUGCUGGGCGAGUGUAUUGUAGGCAUCAUGGUCUCGGAAGAGCAGGCCUCGAUGAUGGCGUCCGCGGCGCCGGGAGACAUGCUGGAGGAUAUGGAUUGA